GAACGUCAUUAGAACAAUAACAAACAAAAUGCGGUUGUUAUUGGAAGAGAUAAUAAUACUUUUGUAAUUUGCAUAUAAAUCGUGUUGAAACAUUUUUCACAUCCAUCGGUUGCUAUUAAAUGUUGAUUGUGUUGAAUGGUAAGACGAUUGAACUUCCUAAAGCCAUAGUGUAUCAUCAAAGUGGCCGUUGCUAAAAAUGAAAAAAAAAGCGAAUCGAAAUUCAAAGGUGACUGCAUAUAAAUCACAAUUAAAAGAUGCAUCGACCCAAACGGAUCGAUAUGUGGAAUAUAUGCCAUUGCCGAUAAUUGUGGAUAUAAAGUCGGAGAAAGAAUCGGAUGAUGAAGCAAUUGAUGCAGCUGUACAACCGAGUAUCGAAAUAAUUGAAUCGUUUAAAUUCGAAAUCGAUGAAACUCAUCAGCAAUUUGAUGAGCAAGAGCCAGCCGAAUUGUCACCAGUUGAACAAGUUUAUUUCGAAGAAAAGGUGAAUAUUGAGGCCCUUCAGCUCACGUUGAAUAAUGAAAAUCUGGAAAAUCCAGCAGAAGAAUCAUUAAAAACACCGACAGAACCAUUACAAAAGUGUAGUAUUAGAAAACGGAAGCACCCAAUCGAAAAGACGAACGCAAACGAAACAAAAGCAAAGAAGCCAAAGAAACAAAGGGAGCCCAAGCAAAAAGGACAAAAUGAAAACAAAGGGAAAAGAGGUCGGACGCUUUCAUCGUUAAUGCUCAAACUCGUCGAAUGUAGCCUCUGUAAAUUUACAUGUAAACGACCGAGUCAUUUGAAACGUCAUAUGCUCAUGCAUACCGGAGAAAAGCCACAUUCAUGUGAAUUUUGCCCCAAGCGAUUUGCACAAAAGACUGAUCUCAAUCGGCACAUGUCUCUCCAUGCCGUGCACUAUGACUUUCAUUGUGGUUCGUGCGGGCGAGGUUUUCCCGACGAGAAUGCAUCCAAAAAGCAUGAGACCAAAUGCAAAACACGACGAUACACGUGCGAUCAAUGCAAAUACAUGACAUUCAGCAUUGGUAAUCUGGAUCUGCAUAAGCGAAAGCAUACUGGCGAACGACCAUUUGCCUGUGUUGUGUGCCAAAGACGAUUCACCAGAGUAUCGCAUCUUAAUCAGCACAUUAAACUGCAUGCCGAUGACUUUGAUAUGCAUUGUUCGACGUGUGGACGUGGCUUUUUCGAUGCCAAUGAAAUGAAAAAGCAUGAGAUAACAUGCAAAAAUCGCAAGUUUCAAUGCCAUAUUUGCCGAGAUAUGCAUCAUCGAAUGGAUAAUCUAAAGCGUCAUAUUAAAAUUACCCACAUGGGCGAAAAAGAGGUGAUGUGCGAGUAUUGCUCGAAACAAUUCCCGGCAAAAUCUAGCCUAACCAAACACAUACGGCACAUACAUCCCGAACGAGUUUAACCGCAGUUAGACAUGACAGUAGAAUAGAGUAGAUUAGAUGAAAUUAUAAAAAAAAAAUGGAAAUAUGAACAAAUGCGGACGAAUUUAUUUAGUUUAACCAUAUCGUUUUGGUUGAUUUUGAAUCGUAUUUCAAUUUUAUACCAUUUUUUUUUAUUAAACACAUUUGGGUUGUUUCUUUAUCAGUUUAGCACGGAAGUUUCUGCACUAACAUUGAAUUUUUUUAAAUAUAAAUCCUGACGGUUUUUGAAUAUGAAGAAUAAAAAAGGGGAAAAAAUAUUUAAAAAA